CAUGCGCUCACUUUACUCUCGCUCUUCUGUUUUGUUCUGGUUUUCUAUUUUCUCCUCUGAUCUCCUUCUCGCCUGAACUCGCCACAAAUUACUUACAUUUUCUAGAAUGGUAUUAUGUCUCGGUUUGGAUCAGUAGCUAACAGAAUCCAGAUUAGAUCCUUCUCUAAAUCAAGUACAAAACACCCACUAGUUCCUCCAUCUUCAUCUUCAAUUCCUUCGGACAAGUUCGCUUUUUUCUUGGACAAUUGCUCAGACGCUUUCUCACUUAGAAAACUCCAUGCUCGUAUUCUUGCUCUGGGCCUCGGCAACCAUAUCUUUCUGGGCUCUAAACUUCUGAAUUGCUAUGCAAAGUUGGACCUUGUGUCAGAAUCUAGAUGGGUUUUCGAUGCAAUUGUCAAUGGAAGUCUCUCUCUUUGGAACUCAAUCCUUGUUGGGUAUUACAGAACUGGUCACUUCCGUGAAGUUGUGAGGCGGUACAUUCAUUUGAGGCAGUGGAACAUUGGGUUGGAUAGUGCAGCCAUUACGUUUGGUUGUAAGAGCUGUAUUGAGUUGAGUAAUUUGGAAUUGGGUAGAGGAAUUCAUGCAGAUGCAUUCAAGUUUGGGUUGAAUGCAAAUGGGUUUGUAGGUUCGUCGCUUAUUGGGUUGUACUGUGGGUGUGAGGAUAUUGGGGAUGCGUAUAAGGUGUUUGAUGAAAUUACUGACCGAGAUGUUGUUGUGUACACUUCGAUUAUUACAGGGUAUGCUCACAUUGGUGAUUUUCUGGCUUAUGAGGCUUUCGAGAUUGCUGGCCGAAUGCAAAGGCAAGGUUUGCAUCCUAAUAGGGUCACCCUGGUGAGCUUACUUCAGGCAGCCUCACAGUUGGGCACACUCAAAAAAGGUCGUUCAGUCCAUGGCUAUGCUAUUAGAAGAGGAAUUGGUGGUUUUGAUGAAGUGUUUGAAACAAGUCUCAUGGACAUGUAUAACAAGUGUGGGGCACCUAAAAUGGCAGCCUGCAUUUUUGGCAAGAUGAAGAAAAAGACAAUUGGUUUGUGGAAUGUGAUGAUUGCAGGUUAUCUGAAAUCCGAGCAGCCGUUGGAAGCUUUCUGCCUUUUCUGUCAAGUCAUGCAAGAAAAAUAUGUUCCAGAUUUGAUAACUUUCUCCAAUGGGAUUUUGUCUUGUGCUCACUUGAGUUAUUUGCGUCAGGGAAAGAGUAUCCAUGGUCACCUAAUUCGAGUUGGUGUUGAACUUGAUCUAGUAGCAACCACUUCUCUGGUCGAUUUGUACUCCAAAUGCCACAAGUUGAUCCAAGCCAGGGCAUUAUUUGAUAGAAUGGAGAAAAAGGAUGCUAUCUUUUACGAUGUGAUGAUGGCUGGUUAUCUGCACAAUUAUUUUGCUAGUGAAGCUAUGGAUAUCUUUCUGGAAAUGGUUGGAGGGGGAGUUAAACCAAACCUAGGUUCCAUUUUGAGUGUACUUUCUGCAACUUCGGAACUGAAAGACAUAAGAAAAGGCAAGUGCAUUCAUGGGUAUGUAAUAAGACAUGGAUUUGAUUUGAAUGUUGAAAUUGCCAAUCAGACCAUCUACAUGUACUCAAAAUGUGGUUAUAUAGUCUGUGCGAGGCAAAUCUUCAACAAGAUAAGAUAUAGAGACUUGGUCUCAUGGACUUCAAUGAUGAUGGGUUAUGUUCAUCAUGGGCAUGCUGAUGAAGCUAUAUUCUUGUUCCGAUUAAAGCAAAGGGAGCAGGUGGAAGAUGAUACAGUCGCGCUGUUAACCUUGCUUCAGGCACUUUGUCAGCUUGGGUGUCUGAAUCUAGUGAAGGAAGUCCACUGUCACUUGUAUAGAGUUAAUAUAGACAAUGAGAUAUCUCUCACCAAUUCUUUGAUUACUGCUUAUUCUAAGUGUGGAAAGUUAAACAUGGCUGCAAAUCUUUUUGAUCAUGCAGUUAAACGGUGUCCUACUUCAUGGAAUGCAAUGAUACUUGCAUAUGGGAUGCAUGGAAAAUGUACGGAGGCCCUCAUGGUAUUUGAACAGAUGAAAAGUGAGAAAGUUGAGCCUGAUGAGGUUACCUUUACAUCACUUCUUACUGCUUGUAGCCAUUCUGGCAUGGUAAAUGAGGGGCUGCGAGUCUUCAAGUCAAUGGUUGAGGAUUUCUCUAUAAUCCCAUGUGAAGAGCAUUAUGGUUGCAUGGUAGAUUUAUUAAGCCGAGCAGGACUACUUGAAGAAGCAUAUAAACUGGUUAAAUCCCUACCAUCAAGGCUUCGUGGUUCUACACUAGGCACCUUGCUUGCAGCUUGUAAGUUACAUGGAAAUACAGAGAUGGGGGAGGAUUUAGGAAGGCGUCUCUUGGAUUUAGAACCCAAGAAUUCUAGUGCUUUUGCCAUGGUUUCAAGUUUAUAUGCAGAAGGUGGAAAGUGGGGUGAAGUAGUCAGAAUAAGAGCCACAGAAAAAGGGAGAGGUUUAAAAAGAACUCCAGGGUAUAGUCUGAUACAGGUAGAUUAACGUAGAAAGUGGGUGAAGUAGUCAGAAUAAGAGCCACAGAAAAGAGAGAGGUUUAAGAAGAACUCCAGGGUAUAGUCUGAUACAGAUGGACUACAUAUAUACUUCACAUAUAAAUCUUAUGGGUGGAAGACAAUCUGGUUGCAACAGGUGAAGUCCUCUCGGAUUCCCUUGCCUAUUUCCAGGCAAAAGGUAUAGAAUCUGAUAAGGCACAAGCAUCUGAAAGACCUUCAAAUUUAGAACAACGCUUGCCAGAGAAGUGAAUGGAAUUUGCCUGAGCAGUUACAGCUAAAGGAUAAAGGGGACAAUCUUAAAAGAUUAAUCAUUUUUAAGCUAGUCUCAGUAUGUUUAUGACAUUUUCUCUUUAAAUGACUGCCAGGGCCUGUGUAGUAUGAUGGAAUGAACUCUCCGGUAACAAAUCUGAUUGCGGUGAAGGCCACAAAUAUACUCAACAUAUGUGCGGUAACACAACUUAUCCAAAUGGUCACAAAUUCGGCAGUGAGUUCAAGUUACAAUGCCGAAUGAUGCCGAUAACCACCACCCGGAUUUAUUGGUUCAUCACUAGAAAUAAUAUAUCACAAGGUGUUUAACUAGAUGUUAGUAUUAGAUAAUAGUCCCCGCUUUAUGUUACGAGUACCAUGUACGUAUAAGUAAGCACCUCUACGUAUGAACAGAUUCCAAGAUCUCCAAGAUCCAGAAACUGAUUGUGGACAGUUAGUCAUUAAAGGACUUCCCUAGUAGCCUUAAGAGAUGGUGAAGAAAUGCUCGCUAGAAUCUACUCAAACUACUUGAGAUAUCAAGCACCAUGGGACGCUGUUCGUAGUAUGUUUGAAAUAUCUGCGGAUACGCCAAUAUAUCCCUUUUUGAAUGAAGGAUAUAUCAUAUAUAGGGAAAAUAUAUUAUCUCCGGCCUCCCGUUUCAGUGAAAUUUCUUCGAUAUCAUCAAAUAUUUAUGAUAUAUCCUAUAUUUGAAAUAUAUCUCGAUAAAAUAAAGAAAUAUAUGUAAAAUCUUACCAGAGAAAAAAAAAUAACU